AUGACGAACGCACUUCUCCUUUCUGUUGUUUUGCUACAUUUUCUCCAACAAGGGAGCACGAGCAAGAAAUUACCUGGAGUUAAGCAAUACGAAGUAGUUUAUCCACGGAAAUUGCACACUGUACAUAAAAGAGACGUAGAAAGAGACCAAGAGACAAAAUACGAUGACACAAUGGAGUACGGAAUCAAAGCCAACGGAGAGGAAGUCAUACUGCACCUAGAAAAAAAUAAGCAUCUAUUAGCUCAAGACUAUUCUGAAACAGUUUAUUCUGAUGAUGGUCGACAAAUAACAACAAGUCCUCAGAUCAAGGAUCACUGUUAUUAUGAAGGUUACAUUCAGAACGACGCCGAUUCUGUAGCAAGCAUCAGUGCUUGCGAAGGUCUAAGUGGAUAUUUUGAGACCCGUGGUCAGAAGUACCUCAUUGAACCCUUGGGAACUUCAGACAGAGAGGAACAUGCAGUCUAUAAGUAUGAGAAUCUCGAACAAGAGUCCAUAAAAACCUGUGGACUAAUCAAUAAUACCUGGGAAGAGGAUUCAAAUGACCCCAUCAAUGACAUCUUCAAAUCCAGCAACAGUCCAGAAAUGAAAGCAUACCUGAAAGCAAAAAAAUAUCUGGAGGUUUACAUAGUUGCAGACAACACUUUGUAUAAGAAGUACGACGAAGAUGUUAAAACUGUGAGACAAAGGAUAUUUGGAAUAGUCAACUACAUCAACACGGUUUAUAAGGCCAUAAACAUCUACGUGGCUUUAAUUGGUCUAGAAAUCUGGACAGACGGUGACAAAUGCCUCCUGAGCCGUGCUGCAGGAUUCACUCUGGACAGUUUCUCCAAGUGGCGUCUAUCGGAUUUACUAAAGAGGAAAAGAAACGACAAUGCUCAGCUCUUAACAGGCUACGACUUUGAGGGGACAACGAUUGGAUUAGCCUUUCUGAAAUCCAUAUGCAGUGAUAUAUACUCUGCAGGUAUUAUUCAGGAUCACAACAGAAACGAAAUUGCAGUUGCAGCUACCAUGGCACACGAGAUGGGACACAACCUCGGCAUGAGUCACGACACUGACGCCUGCACAUGUAGUGCUAAAGUUUGUAUCAUGACAGAUACUGUCAGUUCUAUCAUCCCCAAGAAAUUCAGCUCUUGCAGCCUCCAGAGUUUUGAGAGAUACAUGUUGAGCGAGAUGCCAAAAUGCUUAACUAACAUCCCAGACAUGAGCAGCAUCAUCGCACCUCCAACCUGCGGAAACAGCUUUGUGGAAAGAGGAGAGGAAUGUGACUGCGGCACUCCUGAGGAGUGCACAAAUGACUGCUGCGACCCCGAGACAUGCAAGCUGACGGCGGGUUCCACGUGUGCACAUGGAGACUGCUGUGAAAACUGCCAAUACAAAAGCUCAGGAGCUGUUUGCCGAGCAGUGAAGCACGACUGUGACCUGGCUGAGAUGUGCACCGGCUAUUCUGCCAAUUGCCCAGCGGAUCGAUUCCGUGUGAACGGAUAUCCCUGCAACUACGGCGAAGGCUAUUGCUACAUGGGAAGCUGUCCCACGCGAGAAAACCAGUGCAAAGCUGCUUUCGGACCGCAGGCUACUGAAGGUGCAGCUUCCUGCUACCGGAUGAACGAGAAAGGGGUAUAUUACGGAUACUGCAGAAAAGAAAAAGGUAGUCACGUCCCGUGUAGAAAAAAAGAUAUAAUGUGUGGAAAGCUGUUCUGUACUGGGGGGCAGGAGAUGCCUCGGGACGGGAGCCUGGUGACGUUUGAGUCCUGCAAAGCAAGUUUCCCUAGAAACGGAGAAGUAGACCCAGGGAUGAUUCUCAACGGAACAAAGUGUGGGAAUGGGAUG